GGAGAGCGCAAGUGGGUGCCCGCCCGCUCGCGGGCUGCGCCCGGGAGAGGACCUCCGGGGGAGCCAGGGGCCCCGCGGCUCACACUCUCCGCGGUCAGACAGCGCAGGGAGCACACACCGCCAGUCUGUGCGCAGAGACGGAGCCAGAGACCGCAGGGACACCGGGCCAUGCACGCCCCCAACUGAAGCGACACCUCAAAGCCGCAGCUCCCAGCAGCGCGGCGCAUUUCAGGGAGCUCCAGCUCAGAGGAACCACCGCGGAGAGACCCUCGAAUCCCCCUCCAGGACAGUCCUCACCCUCGACGCUCCGCUAGCGCAGAAAGGAGCGCGCAGUGGCCCCGGCUCGCCGCGCCAUGGAGCGGAUCCCCAGCGCGCAACCACCCCCUGCCUGCCUGCCCAAAGCGCCAGUGCUGGAUCACGGAGACCUACCAGGGAUGGAAUUUGCCCACAUGUACCAAGUGUAUAAAUCGAGGCGGGGAAUAAAACGGAGCGAGGACAGCAAGGAGACCUACAAACUGCCGCACCGGCUCAUCGAGAAAAAGAGACGUGACCGGAUUAACGAGUGCAUCGCCCAGUUGAAGGAUCUUCUACCCGAACAUCUCAAACUUACAACUUUGGGUCACUUGGAAAAAGCAGUAGUUCUUGAACUUACCUUGAAGCAUGUGAAAGCACUAACAAACCUAAUUGAUCAGCAGCAGCAGAAAAUCAUCGCCCUGCAGAGCGGUUUACAAGCUGGUGAGCUGUCAGGGAGAAACACUGAAGCAGGUCAAGAGAUGUUCUACUCAGGUUUCCAGACAUGUGCCCGGGAGGUGCUUCAGUACCUGGCCAAGCAUGAGAACACCCGGGAUCUGAAGUCUUCGCAGCUUGUCACUCACCUCCACCGUGUGGUCUCCGAGUUGCUGCAGGGUGGGACUUCCAGGAAGCCAUCGGACUCAGCUCCAAAAGUGAUGGACUUCAAGGAGAAACCCAGCUCUCUGGGCAAAGGCUCUGACGGCCCCGGGAAAAACUGUGUACCAGUCAUCCAGCGGACUUUCGCUCCCUCAAGUGGGGAACAAAGUGGCAGUGACACAGACACAGACAGUGGCUAUGGAGGAGAAUCAGAGAAGGGCGACCUACGCAACGAGCAGCCGUACUUCAAAGGCGAUCACGGACGCAGGUUUGCCAUGGGAGAGCGUGUCAGCACAAUUAAGCAAGAAUCCGAAGAGCCCCCCACAAAAAAGAGCCGAAUGCAGCUGUCAGAUGAUGAAGGCCAUUUCACUAGCAGUGACCUGAUCAGCUCCCCAUUCCUGGGCCCACACCCACACCAGCCUCCCUUCUGCCUGCCUUUCUAUCUCAUCCCACCAUCAGCAACUGCCUACCUGCCCAUGCUGGAGAAAUGCUGGUACCCCACCUCUGUGCCAGUGUUGUAUCCAGGCCUCAACACCUCCGCUGCAGCCCUCACAAGCUUCAUGAACCCAGACAAGAUCUCCACUCCCUUGCUUCUGCCCCAGAGACUCCCUUCUCCCUUGUCGGCACAUCCAUCCCUCGACUCUUCUUCUUUGCUCCAGGCUCUGAAACAGAUUCCCCCUUUAAACUUAGAAACCAAAGACUAGACUCCUUAGGGGAUCCUACCGCUUUGCUUUCCUUCUUCCCUACUUCCAAAAACACACACAGAUGUUUUUGUGAGUGCAGCGAGAUUGUUCCAUUGUGCAUCCCGAGAUAAUCUGAGCUGGAGAGAAGACUGAGGGUGUGUGCACACGUGUGCGCGUGUGCAUGUGUGCCUGUGUGUUGGCUUAGGACAUUAAAGCUUCUUUGGCAUAGGGAAGAUACGAAGGAUUGCUUGACACCAGGAGAGGUAGGGGGGAUUGAAGCAGCCUUCUGGGCUUUUCCCUUCCUGGAGAAUAGUCCCCUUUGAUACUAAUCAGCUGGAUUUUCAAAAGCUUCAAAGUCUUGGUCUGUGAGUCACUCUUCAGUUUGGGAGCCGGGUCUGUGGCUUUGAGCAAAAGGUACUUUCAAAAGAGGGCUUUCCAGAGCACAGCUCCCAGCCAGCUGUUAGAACCUCACCCAUCUCCCUUUAUUGUCGAGGUGACUCACCAGACAGAGGACAGAGCGGUCAGACAGAGCUUCUCUGCUAAAGUGGUGAGGUAGCAGACACUGGCGUGGCACGGCAGUGGUUUGGGGAGAUUUCCACAGGUCUGCUCCCAGCCCUUGCCUCAGAUUAAAGAGAAUGUAGUUCCCUACUCAGGCUUUCAUAGUGAUUAGCUUACUAAGGAACUGAAAAUGGCCCCAUUGUACAAGCUGAGCUGCCAGGGAAUGAGGGCGGAGUUCCCCAGGCCUCUGGCACCUGCUUCUAGGUCUCUGUUAGAACAUGCUGUCCAGGAAACCAAAUGAGGGUCUGAAAGAUGCAAAUGCCCCCAGCACCCCAAAAGUGCACAAAGCUAAACAACCAAUUGCUGUCUUUAUUGCACAGCUCCACUCAGUUUUAAAUUCUACCUUUUAAGCUUUUCACCAAGCUUAGCUUCUUGAAGGCCUAAGUAAGCAUUGGCACCGCAAGACCCUUUCCGUGGGCUAAAUCUUACUCUUGCCCGACAGCAUAUGGAGUGUCCUUAUUGCUAAAAAAGGAUUCUGUCUCCCUCAAAGAAGUUUUAUUUUUGAUCCAGAGUCCUUGUUUUCCUGACUUGUCCAGCCAGCCCCACACCAGCUUUUCUGAAUGCACUAUGCUUAGUCGCCAAUCGUGUUUUAACUUCUUUUCCUGUUUUUAUUUUGGUAUAAAGUUGUUGCCUUUAUUUGUAAAGCUGUUAUAUAUUAUAUAAAUAUAUUAAAAAGGAAAAAUGUUUCAGAUGUUUAUUUGUACAAUUACUUGAUCUACAAAGUGAGAAAAAAAUGAAUGUAUUCCUGUUUUUGAAGAGAAGAAUUUUUUUUUCUCUAGGGAGAGGUACAGUUUAUAUUUUGGAGCCUUCCUGAAGGUGUGAAAUUGUAAAUAUUUUUAUCUAUGAGUAAAUGUUAAGUAGUUGUUUUAAAAUACUUAAUAAAAUAAUCCUUUUCCUGUGGAAGAGAAAAA